AUGACGUUGGCGAACACGAGCAGCUCGACCCCGUUGGUCGUCAUCGAAGACAAACAAUACGAACGCUACGACCGCCCAUACUCAAAAGAUCUAACGUUGUGCAUCAUUCACGAUCGAGAGAACCGAAAGAUGCUGUUGGGAAUGAAACAGCGCGGCCUUGGCCAAGGAAAAUGGAACGGUUUCGGCGGGAAACUCGAGCCUGGGGAAACUGUUUUGCAAGCUGCUGUUCGGGAAGUACAGGAGGAAUGCGGCUUGACAGUAAGAGAAGAAGAACUAGUCAAAGUAGCGCAUCUAACCUUCGCCUUCACCUCCUCCCCCACACUCCUCCACACCCACGUCCUCCUCCUGCCAACCUACUCCCCCACCCUUCACGGCCUCCCCAAACCCUCCCCUGAGAUGGUACCAAAAUGGUUCAGGGAAGAUGAGAUACCGUAUGGGGAGAUGUGGACGGGUGAUAGAUAUUGGUGGCCGAGGGUGUUGGGAGGUGAAAAGCUGAGGGGGAGAUUUUUGUUUGAGGAUGAUCAGGUUGGGAUUAGGGAGUCUGAGAUACGGGUGGUGACGGAGGAGGAGGAGUUGUAUUGA